AUGCCAACAACUUGGGCUAUCAAUGUGGUGGUUGGAGUCUCACUUGGCAAGGAGCUAGUGGCAACAACUACACUGCUGGUUGGAACCACUAUCCUCAGUGCCAUCACAGCUGCAGUUGAUCCCAGCACAGAAAUUGUGUUCAGUGAAAACCCUGAUGCCGACUUUCUCAAGUCCAACAACUUCUCCUACGCCAUUGUUGUCGUUGGAGAGCAACCCUACGCCGAGACCAAGGGGGAUAGUUUGAACUUGACAAUUGCAGAGCCAGGUCCACAGACCAUCACCAAUGUCUGCGGCGAAGUGAAGUGCGUUGUUGUCGUCAUCUCUGGCCGUCCGGUUGUCAUUGAGCCUUACGUUUCGUCAAUGGAUGCUCUUGUGGCUGCAUGGCUACCUGGAACGGAAGGACAAGGAGUUAGCGAUGUUUUGUUUGGUGAUUAUGGAUUCAGUGGGAAGCUGCCUAGAACUUGGUUCAAGACAGUGGAUCAGCUCCCUAUGAAUGUUGGCGAUGCUCAUUAUGAUCCCCUAUUUCCCUUUGAUUUUGGACUUACAACUGAUCCUGUUGAGCAGUUGUUGUCAAUUUAG